CCACGGCGCGCAGAGCCUGGCGAGCUCGCGGCUCGAUCCCUGCUGGAGCCGGCUGGGCAGCAGGACCUCUUGGAUACCCUGGCUUUGGUGCUUCGGUGGAGUGGGAACCGCCGAGAAAAUCUGGAAGUGUCACCAGGGCUUCUGCAUUUCCACGUGAGCACACUGCCUGGCUCUCAGGCCUCUCCAUCUGCCACUGUGUCUGUCUGUUGAAGUGGAAUUGGACAUGCAGUCCUAGAAUGAUGACAUUAUCAACAUUAAUGUGAUGAUCACACAGCAUUGCCAAACACUGUGCCAAGCAGUAAUAUUCAUCUGAAAUCUUCCUCCAGUCUCUGUAAAGGAAGAUCCACCACUGGCCCCUUUUGCAGAUGAGGGGAGGGUGUGUUCAGAGAAGGCAGUAGCUGUGACUACAGAUCCAGAUGCACACAGCAGAUGUGAAAGACAGGCUGCUGUCCUUGGAGAUGAAGGUCUGGAGCUGGGACACCCGGUUACCGGCGUGAAUGGAGGUUUGAACCAGGCUGCCCUCCCUACGAACAUGACAACAGCCCAGGAUGGCCAUGGGCAAGGUGCCACAGCCACUUGUUCAGCCUCCAACCCGAAGGCCCCCAAAAUGGUGACAUCCUCAGCAUGUCAGAAUGGAGGCUGCAAAAGCAGUCCCAGCAGUGAUCCCGAUGCCGGGGAAGCCAGGCUCAGCCCUUCCAAGCUGGUACGUCUCUUCUCUGGUAGCCGGAAGAGGAUGAAUUCGAACUCUGAGAGGCCUCACUCGGUAGUCCUUGUGGGGAAUUCCUCCACAUGGAAUGCCCUGGCCUCCUUCCGUAAAAUGGGCUCUUUUAAAAGAUUGAAAUCUUCUGUCCUUCAAGGAAUUCAGAACCGGGAGGGGGCAGAAGUUUCCAAGGAAGAGCCAACAGGAGACCUAGGAAAGGCUGCUCCCAAUGGCACCAUUGCCAUCCUGGGAAAGGGUCUAGGCAGGUGUACAUCCUUGGGACCUGUAGGAGAUGGCACCGGGUCCGACUGCUCAGACCCUGAGGACACGGAGGACGCCUUCCAAAGGAGCACGCACCGUUCACGCAGCAUCCGCAGGGCCUAUGGCCUGGGCCGCAUCAGCCUGCUGGACCUGGGCCGGCAGCCCGUACCAGAGCCCGCUGUGUGUGAGAUCCAAGUGCGUGACCCAGAGCCCAGCAGGGCUGUGCCUCUGACGCGCAGAAGCAAGAGCAUCGACAGCUUGAGCGUCCUGAAGAGCUCCUUCAAGCGCAAGUCUGCGUCCAACCUCACGGAACUGCAGGGUGACAGGCAGGUUCCCCCCAGGACUCUGAGCGGCUUCUUCACAGACUCCGAGAAGCCAGGUGGCUCAGAGAGAAGAACCAGACGCUGGAGGAGCCCCAUCCGGGCCAAGGACUUUGACAGAGUCCUAAGACUGGUGAGCAACGUCAAGGAUGCGGCCUGGAAGAGGGAGGCCCCCAGGAGUGCAGACCCUAGCCCUAGUCCCUGUCUGGGGGAUGCGAACCCACUACUUGGGCCACGAAGCAAGCUACACGAUGACUACUCACGUCGCACCAGCAGCAGCGUGGAGCCAGAUUCCAGGCGUGGUGGCUCUUUGUCCUCAUCCUGUGUCCCUGCACCAUGCACCACUGCGCCCUCCGCAGCCCCAGAACCCCACCUAGAUGUGGAUACUGCAGUAUUCCCCCUGGAAACUAAAAGUGCCCCGCCACUGGGAAAUGAUGGACCUGGUGCCAGCAGUCCCUCGCCAAUCCCCACAGACCCAGAAGGGUUGAGCCAAGCCUCCAGUGAGGCACAUACUGGCAGCCAGCAUCCCUUCGACCCGGUGCAGCUUCCCACGCCUCUGAGGCCCACCACGCCCAAGCCCCAAAGCCCUCAGAGCCCAGGGAGUACUAAGUGUCCCAGUAGUCUAAGUGUGCUGUCCCUCAGUUCAGCGGACAGUGAAGAACGGACUGAGGAUACUGUUCACCGGCAGCCAGGACCUGUGUCCCUCCAGGAUACUGUCCUCACCAACGCUGGUGACGUGAGGGGAGAAAGCGGUGACAGCUAUUUUCCCUCGAAUCUCGAUGGAGCUACCAAUCCAGAAGAGAGGAAGGAAGAGGUGGUGACUGAGAAUGACUGGCGGCAGGGCUCAGGCCUGGAGGAGGAGCAGAAUGAGGUACCUCGAAUCUCCAGGAGGAGGUGGGGCUCGGGGAGGCACACCCGGCCACGACCAUUGUCUGACUACGGCCAGCUGGCCAUCAGAAGCCUGUCCAUUCCUGAAGAUGCCAUUGCUGCAGACCCUCCAGAUGAAGACCACGUGGACAGGAUGCGCCCAGCAAGUGUGACCACCACCAGCCAGGAUCCAUGCGCCCCCUCAGGCUGUUCCAAGGGAGGCCGGAGAAGGCGACCUAUAUCUGUGAUUGGAGGGGUCAGCUUCUAUGGCAGCACCCAGGUAGAGGACGUGGAGAACCUCUUGGUCCAACCAGCAGCCAGGCCUCCUGUGCCUGCACACCAAGUUCCACCCUACAAGGCUGUGUCUGCCCGCCUCCGGCCCUUCACCUUCUCCCAGAGCACUCCCAUCGGGCUGGACCGCGUGGGGCGUCGACGGCAGAUGAAAACAUCCAAUGUCUCUUCAGAUGGAGGUGCGGAGUCUUCGGCCUUAGUGGAUGAUAAUGGUAGUGAGGAAGACUUCAGCUAUGAGGAGCUCUGUCAGGCCAACCCUCGAUACCUGCAGCCAGGCGGAGAACAGCUGGCCAUCAAUGAGCUCAUCAGCGAUGGCAGCGUGGUGUAUGCAGAAGCACUUUGGGACCAUGUGACCAUGGACGACCAGGAACUGGGCUUCAAGGCUGGGGAUGUCAUCCAGGUCCUGGAAGCCUCUAACAAGGACUGGUGGUGGGGCCGGAAUGAAGACAAAGAGGCCUGGUUCCCAGCAAGCUUUGUUAGGCUUCGAGUCAAUCAAGAGGAGCUGCCCGAGAGCAACAGCAGCUCCCGUGGGGAGGAGCAGGACGAGGACACCAGCAAAGCCCGCCACAAGCACCCAGAGAGCCAGCAGCAGAUGCGGACCAACGUCAUCCAGGAGAUCAUGAACACCGAGCGAGUGUAUAUCAAGCACCUCAAGGACAUCUGCGAGGGCUAUAUCCGACAGUGUCGUAAGCACACGGGAAUGUUCACUGUUGCGCAGCUAGCCACUAUUUUCGGAAACAUUGAAGACAUUUACAAAUUCCAAAGAAAGUUUCUGAAAGACCUUGAGAAACAGUACAACAAAGAGGAACCUCACUUGAGUGAAAUAGGAUCCUGCUUUCUUCAGCACCAAGAGGGCUUUGCCAUCUACUCGGAGUACUGCAACAACCACCCAGGUGCCUGUGUGGAACUGUCCAACCUCAUGAAGCACAGCAAGUACCGGCACUUCUUCGAGGCCUGCCGCCUGCUCCAGCAGAUGAUCGACAUCGCCCUGGACGGCUUCCUCCUCACGCCUGUGCAAAAGAUCUGCAAAUAUCCACUGCAGCUGGCUGAGCUGCUCAAGUACACCACACAGGAGCACAGUGAUUACAAUAAUAUAAAGGCAGCCUAUGAAGCCAUGAAGAACGUGGCCUGCUUGAUCAAUGAACGCAAGCGCAAGCUGGAGAGCAUAGACAAGAUCGCCCGCUGGCAGCUGUCCAUUGUCGGCUGGGAGGGCCUGGACAUUCUAGACCGAAGCUCUGAGUUGAUCCAUUCUGGAGAGCUAACCAAAAUCACCAGGCAGGGCAAGAGCCAGCAGCGAAUCUUCUUCCUUUUCGACCACCAGCUGGUGUCCUGCAAGAAGGACCUGCUGCGCAGGGACAUGCUGUACUACAAGGGCCGCAUGGACAUGGAUGAGGUGGAGCUUGUGGAUGUGGAGGAUGGGCGGGACAAAGACUGGAACCUCAGCAUGCGGAAUGCCUUCAAGUUGGUCAGCAAAGCCACGGAUGAGGUUCAUCUGUUCUGUGCUAGAAAGCAAGAAGACAAGGCCAGGUGGCUGCAGGCCUAUGCGGAUGAGAGGCGGCGGGUGCAGGAGGACCAGCAGAUGGGCAUGGAAAUCCCAGAAAAUCAGAAGAAACUCGCCAUGUUGAAUGCUCAGAAGGCAGGACAUGGGAAAUCUAAAGGCUACAACAGCUGCCCCGUGGCCCCGCCCCACCAGAGCCUGCCACCACUUCACCAGCGCCACAUCACUGUGCCCACCAGCAUCCCACAGCAGCAGGUCUUUGCCUUGGCUGAGCCCAAGAGGAAGCCAUCACUAUUCUGGCACACCUUCCACAAACUCACCCCCUUCCGGAAAUGAGCCUUACCCAGGGUGCACAUCUGAGAUACUGUGGGGAAGAAGACCAGUUUUGUCUUUUCUGCAUGAUGUCCAGGGAUGGCUUCUUGCCCAGUGCUGAACACUUCAUUUGGGAAUCCAUGAAGGGGAGAAGAAGUUGGACUCAGCUUUGACCUUGAGAGGCCCCAGCAUCCUUGUGGAAGGAAGGAGACCAUGAAGCACACUGGAAGCCGCACUCUCUGGUGGCCAUGAUAUAAGGGCUGGGGCCUCUCUGCAUGGAGACUGCUGACUCAGCUAACCCUGCGCGUUUCCCACUGAGGCCACACUUCGGCUGCAGUUCCAAACAGUAUCCGGAGCCUUUCAGCUCCUCAGGAGCAACUACAUUAAAGAUGGCUUCUGUGUUUGAUCUUAAGAAACUCAUUGACAGGGGUUGGUAGGAUGUUGGCAGACCUGGGAUGACGUGGGUCAGGUCAGGUCUGGGAGAGACCAUGAAGGAGCUAGAAGCAGCGGGGCCACUGCCCACAGUGCUCCAAGGUGUAGCAGAUGCCAUGCUAGAGUGUAAGUCUCAUCCUGCAAGGUUCCUUAUUCACAGGAGAGUCAGGAGGCCCUGUUACCCCGGCAGCGCUGGUGAUGACAGCAUCCUCAGGGCAGUGCUUCUCUCCAGACUGGAGGGCAGGCUGCCGCCACCUGACUUGUCCCCCUCACUCUUCAAACACAGGUCACACCUCGCUUACCCCUCACAGCCUGAGAACCUGCCAUUCACGGACGUAAGGGUACUGUGAAAUGUUCUUGACAAUAUGACACUGUACAUCCUCAUCAGCCGUUUGCAUCACCAGUGAGAUGAUGAAGACACCGCCACCCACAGAAAAAACAAGGGUCAAAACCGGCCUGCUGCCUGGGGAAAUGGAAAUGCCUCUGACACAUGACCCGAAACAGUACAUGACUGUGGCAGCUGGAGAAUGGUCUUGAUGACUCCUUAGCUCUGAGAGAGCUGUCUCUUAACGAGGGCCACCUGAGCUGAGACCUACAGAGACACCCACAAUGUCUGUUGUCACUGUGUUUGUUACUUGAUGAAAAUGCCUUUUAACUCGAUCUAAGGGACACUGGUUCUGCAUUUUAAUCUACACAGCAGGCUGGCUGGGUGCGUUCCUUUGGACAAGUGAGUUCUUGUGUGCUGUUCUUGCAAGGUUCUCGCCUCUCACCAGCUCUCGCUUGAAAACAAACAAGUCUGCAGUGUCAGAGGUGGAGGUAUUGAUCCCUUAGCACAGUUCACACUGGCUCCAGGUCUCUGCCUGAAACAAGUGACAUCACAGCAAAUAACUUUGAUCCUGGACCUGGGAUUAGCCUCAACCCUGCUGUGCACCCUGGCAUGGUCACUUACAGGUCACUUACUGCUGGGAACUGUAGUCAGUGGCCCCACAGCUGUGUCUGUGUGCUAUGAAGUGGUUCAAGUGCACAGAGCAUGCACUGUGUGUGUGUGUGUGUGUGUGUGUGUGUGUGUGUGUGUGUGUGU